UAACUGUUGUAAAAGCAAUCAUCUUUAAGUCCAAUCUGUAUGUUUUAAGGCUUUUGUAAGAUCAUGUUAUCUUACAGGAGCCAUAAGACAUCUCUUUUAAGUAUUUAACAUAACCUCAAAUAUUGAGUUGCUGAAAUCAUUUUAAGAAAAUGGAUUUAAAUAAAUGGAAGCGUUUCAAAAGAAGUGGAGCAUAUCGACGAAAAGUAAAUAAAAAAUACUGUGAGUUAGCACAAAAGCCACUGGAGUCCUUACAAGUUUUGACUGGAUCUGGUGAAGUUGGAACUAGCAGUUCGCAUGAUGGUUCCGUACAACCGAAGAGCGAAAGCAGUACUGAAAAUUUAGAACAGACAGAUUCUUUAAGUGAAAUGCCUGAAAGCGAAAGUGAAUCAGACGAGGAGAAAAUGGAAUAUGAAAAAAAUCUACAGUUGCGAAAAGAAAUUAAAAUUUGGGCCAUGAAAUUUAAUUUAUCGCAUGCAGCAUAUAAUGAACUUUCUGUAAUAUUGAACAAUAGAUUUCAAAAUAUUUUACCUAAGGAUGCUCGCACACUUCUUCAAACAACUAGACAAGAAAUACAAAUUACUGCAUUGGGUACUGGACAUUAUUGGCAUAAUGGCUUAAAGAAGCAAUUGACUCAAGUUUUUGAACAUGCUGGUGUACCUUUACCUAAUAAUAUUUCACUGAAUAUUAAUAUCGAUGGCUUACCACUUUACAAGAGCUCCAGACAACAAUUUUGGCCAAUACUUUGCAGUAUUUUUGAAAUUCCCAGCUUACCUCCACUGGUUAUAGGAAUAUACGCGGGGGAUAGCAAACCAUUAAAUUUGGAUGCCUUUUUAGAUCCUAUGAUAUCAGAACUCAAUGACCUUUUUACAAGUGGGUUUAAGUUAUCCCUGCAACCAACAGGAAUUGAUACAACUGCUCCAGUGAAAGUAAGGGCUUUUAUUUGUGACUCCCCAGCUCGAGCACUUAUAAAAGGUGUUGUAAAUUUUAACGGCAAGCAUGGCUGCCUCAAAUGUACUGUUUUGGGCGAAUAUUCGCAGUUAUCUCGCACUGUCACAUUUUUAAGGUCUGAUUGCCCGAAAAGAAAUGACAAAGACUUCAGAUCAAAAAAGGACGAAGAACAUCAUAAGAUAGAUUCUCCCCUUUUAAAACUUAAUAUCGACAUGGUAGACGACAUCCCUGUAUGUGACUCACUUCAUUUGAUUGAUCUUGGUGUAAUGAAACGAUUGUUGAUGGGAUGGAGAGAUGGGAACAUUGGUAAAUAUCUUACCAAGUGGUGCAGCAGAGACAUCGAAAAAGUGAACAAAUUCUUGUCUACUUGUCUCAUGCCUAAAGAAAUCCACAGGGCUGUGAGAAAAGUUGAUGUUCUAGCCCAUUGGAAAGGGUCGGAAUAUCGAACCUUUUUUUAUUAUUUAAGUAUAAUUAUACUUAAAGAUACACUACCAACUCAAGCUUAUUACCAUUUUCUGCAUUUGUUUUGCGCCGUUACAAUUUGUUCGAAUGAACAACAUUUUAAAUUUCUUUCGAUUGCAGAAAAACUAUUCGAGCAAUUUGUAGAAUUUUUUAAAAAUAUAUAUGGGAAGGACUAUAUCUCCAGCAACAUACACAAUUUAACACAUAUUGUUGACGAAGUAAAGAAAUAUGGGAAACUGCAGAGCUUUAAUGCUUAUCCCUUCGAAAAUAAGUUGCAUAACUUCUCACAAUCUGGCUUCGUAGGGUCAACUUCUAUGAUGCCAUCAAACGAGCCACUUCCAGGGCCAUCUACGAAGCCGUCUAUUACUGAAGAUAUCGAAGAGGAAACUGAUAGUCUCUGCUAG